CUCCGAGCUUAUUGAUGCGGCCCCAUUCUUACACAUCUUUUUCCUUGUCAUGCUUCUGCUCGGAACCACAUCCAAUGAGUUGGGCCCUCGACCGAGGCCAGACGGGGCUCCCGGUUCGCGCGGAGACGCCGUCGACUUCAAGCCUCGGCACCUCGGGCCGCAAUGACCAUCCCAGCCGUCGACCGGCAUGCCGUUUGUGGCGCCGAUAAGGCAUUGGGGGGAAUAAAUCACUGCCUGGUCGCUGUCUUUGGCGGCUCGCGUCGACAAAAGGAGACGCUACGCAGCAGCAACCAGGCGACACCACACUUCUUUGGCUUAGUUUAGUGCACCUGAAUCUUGCUCCAGACGCCGAGGCCGCUUUUCGAUACCAAUACACAUUGGUCACGUUGAGAGUCACCGCCAUGUCGACAGAAGACGUCGAAUACAGCUUCAAGGACGUGGCGGCCCACAAAGAUGGUGCCGACUGCUGGAUGGUGAUCCACGGCCAAGUCUACGACGUCACAAAAUAUGUCCAAGAUCACCCUGGCGGCGCCGACGUUCUCAUCGAGGCCGCGGGGCAAGAUGCAAGCGAAGCCUUCGACAGCGCAGGCCACUCGGAGGACGCCUCUGAAAUCAUGGCUUCCUUUCGUGUCGGCAAACUCAAGGGCGGCGCUUCUAGGAAACCAGGGCCAAAGCAGGUCCGCGUCGCCGUGAGAACGCCCACCGAAUCCCCAAGCUCUGGCAGCGCUAGGGGAAUGAGCCUGGGGUCCAAGGCAGUAGUUGCAACAGCCGCAGCCGCGGGCGUGGUCGCCAUCGCACAAGCGAUCAGGGUCGCCCCAGCAUUAGACGAAGUUUCCAUCGUGGCGAGCCUCGGCCGCUCCCUGCUCCCCUGGCUAGCUUUCCCAUCAUCGCCUUCGCCACGCCAGGGCGGCGGCCCGGGGUUUCUCGGGGGUUUCGCUCUGGCGUCGGCCAUCCUCACCAUCGCUGGCGGGCUCGCGGUGCGGAAGGCCUCCCAGAUCAUCCACUUCGAGGGCGGCCUCGGCCGGUACCCGCCGCGCAUCAAGGCGAGCACGGCCGCCAAGCCGGACCUGCUGCUCCAGCGGGGCUGGCUGGACCCGACGACAUACCACACGCUGCCCCUGACUGCCAAGGAGCUGCUCGCGCCGGGCGUCUACCGCUUCGUGUUUUCGCUCCCGACCGAGACGACGGUCCUGGGCCUGCCCAUCGGCCAGCACGUGUCGAUCCGCGGCGUGGUCGACGGCCAGGCCGUGGCGCGGUCCUACACGCCGACGUCCAACAACUCGGACCGCGGCACGCUCGAGCUCGUGGUGCGCUGCUACCCGGACGGGCUGCUGACGGGCAGGUACCUGGCCAACCUCGAGGUGGGCGACGAGGUGCAGUUCCGCGGGCCCAAGGGCGCCAUGCGCUACCGGCGGGGGCUCGCCCGGCGCGUCGGCAUGCUCGCCGGCGGCACGGGCAUCACGCCCAUGUACCAGCUCAUCCGCGCCAUCUGCGAGGACCCCUGGGACACGACCCAGGUCAGCCUCGUGUACGCGAACCGCACCGAGGCCGACAUCCUCCUCCGCGACGAGCUCGAGGCCUUUGCGCGUCGCUACCCAAAGAAUCUGAGGCUGCACUACCUCCUGGACCGCCCGCCCGCGGACUGGGCCUACGGCUCCGGCUACGUCACGCGCGACGUCCUGGCCGAGAGGAUGCCGAGCCCCGCGCCGGACGCCAAGGUCAUGCUGUGCGGGCCCCCGGGCAUGGUCAACGCCGCCAAGAAGCUGCUCGUCGAGCUCGGGUUCGAGAAGCCCGGGGCGAGCUCCAAGAUGACCGACCAGGUCUUUUGCUUCUAGGCUGGGAGGAGCAGGCUGUGAGACGAAUGAGGAGUGCUUCUUUUUUGGGGGGACGAGUGAAUUUGCAUGAGCGAGGGCGUUGACAUAGACUGGUCUCGUUUAUCUACUAGAAUAGAUCGUCUCUUUUGUUCGCUUGCUUUGUUUUGCCUUGAGAAAAUCACAUGGUACACACGUAUUGAAAUAUUUGGUAUGAUAGGACAGGAAGAACCAUAGAGUAGUAAUGGCCUCAGAUUCAAGUUCUCAAUCUGCAACUGAGGCUAUGGAUAGCAAAGGGGCGAGAAAGCAGUGGCCACAAUAUGUACAGAAAGCGUGCUAUUUACCCAAUUUUCUCAGGGCCCGGGAGGUGGAUAAGAGACGGAAGCCGAGGACGAGGCCCACGACCGUCAUCGUGCCAAGUCGUCCACUUCUCUCCUGCUCGCGCCCGUCAACGCUGUCCGAGACCGUCCUCAGACCUUGUAGGUGCUGCCGAUGGGGCCGAAGCGGACGUUGGACCAGAUGACCUUGGCGUUGGCCUGCUCCGUGACGACCGUGUUCGGGUCGCCCGAGUCCUGGGGGCAAGGGCCACGAGCGGCGCCGGGCUGGCCCUCCUUCUCGGGCGGGUAGAUGGAGUCGAGCCAGAGCAUGUUGGAGUGGUGCUGUAGAUGAAAAGGGGAUGCGAGUUAGACAGUUUAAAGUUAAGAAUCUUACGAGACAAGAGGACA